AUGAGGCUACUGAGGUCUACCUUAAUCUUGGCCGUGGCUAUUAGCCUGGCCACGGCAGAGGAGAAGGCGGAGAAGGACACAAAGGCUGAAGCAAGCAAGAUCGAAGACACUAAAAAACAAGACAAAAGAGGACUAUCUGAUUUCUACGGUGACCAUGGUUAUGGUGGAGGCUACGGAGGCGGUUACGGCAGCCUUGGAGGUUCUUACGGCGGCUUUGAGGGUGGAAUCGGUCACAUCGGCCACGAAGAACACGAGAAGACCGUAACAAUUGUGAAAAAUGUUCCAGUGCCGUACCCCGUAGAGAAACACAUUCCUGUACCCGUGGAGAAGCAUGUACCGGUUCCAGUCAAGGUCCCCGUACCACACCCAUACCCAGUCUACAAAACUGUACAUUACCCCGUGAAAGAGUACAUCAAAGUACCUGAAUACAUCCCUAAGCCGUACCCAGUUGAGAAGGAAGUUGCCGUACCAGUGAAAGUUCACGUUGACCGACCGGUGCCUGUUAAGGUUUACGAGCAUGUACCCUACCCCGUAGAAAAACAUAUACCAGUACCUGUCAAGGUCCACGUACCUCAACCCUACCCCGUAGAGAAGCAUGUCCCGUUCCCAGUUAAGGUACCAGUCAAGGUGCACGUGCCUUACCCAGUUGAGAAGGUCGUUCAUUACCCAGUACACGUACACGUCGAUCGCCCAGUACCCGUACACGUCGCUAAGCCUGUACCUGUCCCAGUCGAGAAGCCAGUGCCUUACCCAGUAGAGAAACCAGUGCCGUACCCUGUGAAGGUACAUGUCGACAACCCUGUGCCAGUACACGUAGAAAAACAUGUGCCUGUUCCAGUGAAAGUCCAUGUGCCAGCUCCAUACCCCGUCGAAAAAGUUAUCCCGUACCCAGUGGAGAAAAAAGUGCCGAUUCCAGUCAAAGUACCAGUCGACAGACCUGUACCUGUCCAUAUUGAAAAGCACGUUCCGUACCCAGUAGAGAAGCACGUGCCUUACCCAGUGAAGAUUCCUGUACCAAUUGUGCACCACGAGGAACACCAUGAAGGUGGUUACGGUGGCGGUAGCAUUCACGAGGGCGGAUUUGGUGGCCACAAGGGGACAUGA